AUGACUCUUAACGGAAGCUGCAUGUGCGGUGCCAUCACCUAUACCUCAAGCUCUGAGCCCUUAAUGAGCUGCCUCUGCCACUGCAUUGACUGUCAAAAGUGGACUGGCAGUGCAUUCACCUCCAAUGUUAUUGUUCCAAGAGAUUCGUUUAAGGUCACUAAAGGAACUCCGCGAUCAUAUGAUGCCACGGGUGACAGUGGUAAGGUCAACAAGCACUUCUUCUGUGGUGAUUGCGGAUCGAGCCUGUACUCGGAGCUGGAGAUCAUGAGCGACAAGACGGGAAUUAAGGCUGGCACGCUCGACGGUGGAGAGGCACACCUGCGCAACAAGGUCGACGUCGAGUUCUAUGUCAAAGACCGUGUGCAUUACCUGAAUGCUCUUGACAAUGCGAGGCAGGAACCUCGUCUCGGGUAG